GUUCUGCAGAUGGCAGCAAAUGAACACAUACAGCCGUUAUCCUGUACUCCUGUUGGAUGCAGCGUCGACUCUCCUCCGUCAGUGUAAUCCCGUCUAUACAGCCGGCCGACAUGGCGACUGCGAGGACGUUUAUAUGCUCCAGAACAACCUGCAUCUGAAGCGGCUCUCAGCGCUAAUCACAAUCACCAUUUCUAGCAGUUGCUUUCGGGCAAGAGCACGUAGUGGAUAACGUGGAUUUAUAACUCGGGCUGAGUGAGGAAGUCUAUGGUGGAACAAGGCCAGAUGUCUUUGGCGGGGCAGAGGUUAGGGGCUCCAGAGACUCUGGGCAUCAGUACCCUGGAGCCCGGACACAGACCGCCCGCUAUGCCACCUGGACGACUGAUGACCGUCAGAGUCCUGCUGCUGGAUGACUCAGAAGAGACAUUCAACAUCUCUCAACGAUCAUCAGGACGGGUUCUCUUUGAAAUGGUUUGCUCACAUCUCAACCUCAUCGAGGGGGAUUAUUUUGGCCUGGAGUUCCAGGAUGAUCACAGAAGGAUGGUUUGGUUGGAUUUACUAAAGCCCAUUAGAAAGCAGAUCAUACGGCCAAAGCACACCGUCCUUCGGUUUGUUGUCAAAUUUUUCCCUCCUGAUCUUUCCGUUCUGCUGGAGGAGCUGACCAGGUACUUGUUUGCGCUGCAGGUCAGGCAGGAUCUGGCCAGCGGACGGCUCACCUGUAGCGACGCCAGCGCUGCUCUUUUGGUAUCUCGAAUCAUCCAAUCUGAGAUUGGUGAUUUUGAAGAGACAACAUGUAGACAACAUCUGCUCAACACCAACUACAUUCCUGAUCAGAUGGCCCUGAUGGACAAAAUCAUGGAGUUCCACCAUAAACAUGUUGGGCAGACUCCAGCAGAGUCAGACAACCGAUUGCUGGAGGUGUCGUGCAAGUUGGAGAUGUACGGCAUCCGACUCCACCCGGCUAAAGACAGAGAGGGAACAAGACUUAGUCUGGCUGCAGCACACAGUGGCGUCCUUGUGUUUCAGGGACACACAAGGAUCAACCACUUGAACUGGUCAAAAGUACGCAAGCUGAGUUUCAAGAGAAGGAAGUUCCUUAUAAAACUGAGAGCAGACCCUAGCCAGAAUGUUAAUCAAGAUACUCUGGAGUUCUUGAUGGCAAGUCGCGACUGCUGUAAAGUGUUCUGGAAGAUCUGUGUGGAGUAUCAUGCCUUCUUCAGGUUGUUUGAAGAGCCCAGACCCAAACCCAAACCAGUGCUGUUCAGCAGGGGCUCUUCAUUCAGGUUCAGUGGCCGGACACAGAAGCAGGUGAUAGAUUAUGUGAAGGAAAAUGAGUUUAAAAAACUGCCAUUUGAUAGGAAAUAUAGUAGAGUGCAGUUCAACAGUAGCCUGUCAUCUCUACAUUCUGCACUCCAUCAGCAAGCUGGGAAGCAGAGCAGGGAGGGCUUAUUUUUUGUGAGCUCAGACGAUUCUUCUGUUUUAAGAGCAUAUGGAAACUCCUCCCCCUCGACCCAGCGCAACGGAUGCAGUGACCAAAUGCACCCUGUUCAAGAGGAUGGUAGAAGUCUGGCAGCUAAACAUCAGCCCAUCGAUCAAGCAGGUCUGGCGUCCCAUGCAGCUAAAGGCAGCUGCUCAUCCAUCCCGUAUAUUGACUGCAGUGAUGCAGAGUUUAAUGAACACGAGGUCAGAAGUCAUGUCAGCAGAUCACACUCACAUACACGUGACGGCAACUCCGACAGCGCUGACAGUCACGGCGCAAGUUUUGGUUUACACCGCCCACAUCGGCACGACAGAUACUUGGGCAAAUUCAGGCAGAAAGAGUCUCUGUCUCUUUCCCCAGUAAGCCAAGCUGAAAGCCCCACCCACAGCUAUACCAGCCCCUCCUCUCCAAAUCAAGUCGGUAGCAUUUUUGAAUCGUCAUUUUUUGGAGGCAGGGCUCCUCUACGUGGGUUGCUAUAUAAUAGUCUGUUGGAUGAGUUGACCGCAAAAAGCUCCAUAAACCAACACACAGGCACCAGGAGCCAGACCUCUAGCCCCGCCCCCUCCUCAAUUCACAGGACCAGCUCACUAAUCCAUGCCCAGUAUAAUGGACACACUGGGCAGCGCUUUAGUUCAAAAGCAGGACUUAGAGAGGAAAGGGGUGGAGUUUUUAGUAGCUGUUCUCCGAUCAUGAAUCGCUCUGCAAACAAGUUGCAAAAUAGCCAGUUAGAAACAAACGUACGGAUCUCAAGUCAGCCCGACCUUCCCGUUCUCUCGCGUGCUGAGCGAAUGGCGAUGCUGGAGCGUCGAAUGCUAGCCAAUGGGCUCACGCCUCCAGGCAAUGCCAAUCUCAAGCCAAGCUCUCCGCCCUGUCGCUUCGGCGCCGUGCAGAUGAUUGACGGCUCCACUAGUAGCGGCACAGACACUAGCGACUCUGAGGAGGUGGAGUCUUCUGGCUCCUGCAGCAAAUCGCUAGGGUUUGAAAAUUCAGCCGCCCGUAGCUCAUCACCCCUUCCCCGAAACAAGUUCUCAUUCGACAGCCUGGAGCUAGAUGAGCUUGAUGAUGAAGGAGGGUGUAUGAACAUCAGUGAUGAGGAAGGCAUGCAAGUGUUUAGCUGCUAUAUCAUGGGAAGAACUGCAAUAAGAAAAUGUGUGAAAAUGACUUCUUGUCCAUGUUUCUCUCUGUCAGAGGUGACGUGUGCUCUGGUAACAUUAGUUAAUGGUCAUGCUGAGGAAUGUAGGGGAGUGACUCCAUCUCCUCUCAUCUCACCCAUGCUGAAUGGCAGCACUGCCAUACACACUGAUGAGGAGGACAACAGGAGGAAGAUCUGUCCAGCUGAUAAUGCAUUCUUCAUAGCUAAACAGCUGUUGAGCACUGAGAGGACUUACCUGAAGGACCUGGAGCUGAUCACAGUGUGGUUUCAGAGAGUGUUGGAGAAGGAAGAGUGUGUUCCUGACUCUCUCAAGACACUGUUGAGUUCCACCUAUGAGCCACUACACACACACCACACACACUUCCUCCAGCAGCUUGAGGAGAGACUUUCACUCUGGGAAGAUCGAUCCAGUGUGCAGGUUAAAGGUGGUUUUCAGUGUAUAGGAGACCUGCUGCUGAAGACAACACAGGACCUGAAGUCCCUCUCAUGUCAGCUACAGAUGAACUCAAAGUGUGUGUAUGAGCUGGAGAGAGUGUGUGCUGCAUACCGGAGGCUGGAGUUUGUUUGUCGUGAGUUUGAGCUGCAGAAAGUGUGUUACAUCCCGUUAAACAUGUUUCUGCUGAGUCUUCUAUAUCGACUGCUGCACUAUAGACUGAUACUGCAAAGACUCUGCAAACACUAUCUGCCAACACACAGCGACUACAGCGACUGCAAAGCUGCAUUAACUGAUGUGUGUGAAUUGGAGGCUGGGCUUCAUUCUGGUCUGGUAGAGAUGGAGAACUAUCAGAAACUCCUGGAGAUUCAGAAGGAUUUGUCUGGUGUUCAGAAUCUGGCCGUGGCUGGACGUCAGCUCAUCAGACUGGGCUGCCUCAGCAAGCUCUCUGGGAAAGGCCUUCAACAACGCAUGUUCUUCCUGUUCAAUGACGUCCUGUUGUACAGCACUCGAGGGAUAACAUCAACCAAUCAGUUUACAGUACACAGACAACUUCCUUUGCACGGCAUGACCAUCCGGGAGAGUGAGGAUGAAUGGGGGGUCCUGCACUCCUUCACACUGAUGGUUCAACAGCAGUCACUGGUGGUCGCUGCAUGUUCAGAGUCAGAAAUGGAGAAAUGGAUGGAGGACUUAAAGACUGCUGUUGAUAUGGCUGAAGAAUUGAGUGGACCGACCUCUGUCCUGCUGAUGUCAAAGAAGAAUGCCAGUAAAUGUUCAGGGGUGUCUGAAAUGGAAUCAGAGGAUGAUCUCGGUGGGUCUCAAACAUCUAUGCCGCGACAUGGCAACGACUCCGCCGACACACUUCACCGUGGCAACACUACAGCACAUGUUUGUUGGCAUCGCAACACCAGUGUUUCCAUGAUGGACUUUAACAUAGCGAUGGAGAAGCGGCUCUCAGGAAAUCUGCUGCGAAAGUUUAAGAACAGUAAUGGCUGGCAGAAACUCUGGGUGGUUUUUACCAAUUUCACACUGUUCUUCUACUAAACUCACCAGGAUGCGUAUCCAUUGGCGAGUCUGCCAUUGCUGGGCUACGCAGUAACGGAUGCUGCCGAGUCAGAAAACAUUCAUAAAGAUCACGUCUUCAAACUGCAUUUUAAAUCCCAUGUCUACUACUUCAGAACUGAGAGUAAAUAUGUUUUUGAGAGAUGGUUGAUGGUAAUAAGGAGUGCAACAGUCUCUGCGAGGAGAAUCCGCUAUCUGAACAGAACAGAACCCGACUGACAUGGACAGAACCACACACAGUCUGCAGUCUGAACCCGAGAGAACCACCAGAGCCAUGGACCCUUAGGGAGAAAACAGCUGUGUUUUUUUGUUUGUUGUUUUUGACUAUGUGGCAUUUGUGACAGAAAUGAAGUGGUGUUAUUUCCCUAUAAUUACAUAUUAUUGUGAUAAAAUAGUCAGAGCCCCUAAAAUCAUUUCUUCAGAAAAAUAUCAGCUUCAUCCAGGAUUCAACCCUAUUAUUUGUAUUUCUUCUUAUUUGUGUGAACAACACAGAACUGUGUAUUUUCUGUGGAACAUAUAAGGAGAUAUUUUGCAGAAUGUCCUGGGUGCUCUUCCAUACAUGAAUAUAAAUGGGGAUUAACCUUCAAAAAGACCAAAGGUCACAAUAAAAGUACCUAUAAAAGUAGUAUGUAGUAGUAUGACUUAAGAGGACAUAGAAUAUAGUGUACUUGUCGUAUGACACAUUUAUGGCAGUAUAUGGCUUGACCACCUCAGUCAUUAAUUUAGAAGAGAACAUUUUAGACAUUCUGCAAAAUACCUAUUCCACAGGAGAACAAAAAUCAAACAGGGUUACAACAACAUGAGAGUGAGCGAACAAUGAAAAAUCUCUUUAUGCGUGACAUUAGUGAAAUGUGUAAGGCUGUCUGGCCAACAAAAGUUUACUGGCUGAAUGCCAGGUGUGGAUGAGUCAACCUGGAGAAGUACCAAGUUCCUCUAUCACCAUGGUGCCAGUAGGCAGGGUUUCGCCAGUGAUCUUGCCUGCUAUUAGCCACUUUGGAUCAAAAGGCUAGUGACCUUAUGACCAGAAAUGUAUGGAUUUCAUCAUUUCUAGGCCUCCGAUAGUCCUGAGAUGAAGGGUGCUAUAUUCACAGGACGUUUUAUCAUUGGAUAUGAAUGGUUUUUAAUCUGACAGCAAAAUUUGCUGAAGCUUUGAGGCAGAAUAAAGCCUGUAUUGAGGCUAUUGUCUCUAGAGACCAUUUUAAGUGCUCAGAAAUCUGAAAAUGAAAGUGUUAUUAAAUGCUUGGAAAUAAAGAAAGAGGUGCAAUUCCCCUUUGAACACAUGACUUUCCCCAUAAACAUACAGGUGCUUUUUUACUGGUUGUGCUGUGUCCAUUAGUGUAGAAAACAUCUGUGCAUUUUUACUAACCUUUUACAGAAUAAUUAUGUAUUUGUGACAUUUCUGGCUAUGUCACUUGUUGCCUCUAUAAGGAGGCCGGUAUGUUAACUGCCAUUUGCCAUGAUAUUUCUGUUUCUGUUUUAGACUUUGUUUCUAUCCACUAAAACCAUGUUGGGUUACAGAAGUCAAAGUGCCAAAACCAAUUUGUAUUUCUCUUUACAUUAUUGACUAUUCAUUCCAAAAUGGAAACAAAGACAUUAUAAAUUUGGGCUUAGAGAAAAAUUACAGAGUACAUUUUUACUAAAUGUAAAUUUUGACAAACUCUAUUGAAGCUUAUAUUUGUACAGUGAAAGUGCCAUUAAGAGUGUAACACACAUAAAAAUGUA